GCGUCACCAGCGCACACCGGAAGUAAAUCGCAAUGGACAACAGUCAAUUUCAAGUUCAUGUUGUCAAAACUUUUCGUUCGAUGUCUUGUUUUCUGUAUUAAACAGAGUCACAAGCGCACAGUGCCAUAAUGGCACACCGAUAUCUGCAUCUGUCAAGAGGCUGCAGGAACCUUCUUCACGCCCUGCUGCCAAAUGUCAGAUCAACAAACCGCGUGCAUUCGGUUCAGGGUGUUGGACAAAUCGUCCUAGACAGAAGAUCUUUGCUCUCUCAGGUCUUAGGCACCUAUAGAAGCUUAUGCUCCAAACCCCCCAAAGGAUUUGAAAAAUACUUUCCUAAUAAUAAAAAUGGUGGGCCAAAAAACGGUGAGCCAUCCAACGCUGAAGUCAAAGAGCCCAAACCAACCAAUGCUCAGAAGACCGCCGGUGGAGGUGGAAGUAGUGGAGGAGGAGGCGGAGGAGGAAAAAGAGGGGGGCGGAAAGAUGAAUCCACGUGGUACAGCCGUCUCCAAAAGGGUGAUGUGCCGUGGGACGAUAAAGAGUUUCGUUUAUAUUUCCUGUGUGGAUCAGCCUUCUGGGCAGCUGUCACAUAUUAUUUCUUCUUUCGAGAUGGAGGAAGGGAGGUCACCUGGAAAGACUUUGUAAAUGGUUACCUUGCUAAAGGAGUGGUUGACAGAUUGGAGGUUGUAAACAAGCGAUAUGUAAAAGUCAUCUUCACCCCUGGUAAAACUCCAGUUGAUGGGCAAUACGUGUGGUUCAAUAUCGGCAGCGUGGACACAUUUGAGCGGAACCUGGAGACCGUUCAGAUAGAGAUGGGUAUUGAAGGAGAGAACAGAGUGCCGGUGGUCUAUUCCACAGAAAGUGAUGGGUCAUUCCUCCUUAGCAUGUUUCCCACCGUACUGAUCAUUGGGUUCUUGCUGUUCAUGCUGAGGAGAGGGCCAGCCGGAGGAGGGCGGCCGGGGAGGGGCAUGGGUGGGCUAUUCAGUGUCAGUGAGACCACUGCUAAAGUACUACGAGACGAAAUAGACAUCAAGUUCAAGGAUGUGGCAGGCUGUGAGGAGGCCAAGCUGGAGAUCAUGGAAUUUGUUAACUUUCUCAAGAACCCAAAACAGUACCAGGAUUUGGGUGCCAAGAUUCCAAAGGGGGCUAUUUUGACUGGACCCCCGGGCACAGGAAAGACUUUACUAGCUAAAGCGACUGCAGGAGAGGCUAACGUUCCCUUCAUCACUGUGAAUGGAUCAGAGUUCUUAGAGAUGUUUGUAGGAGUUGGGCCAGCCAGGGUUCGGGAUCUCUUUGUAUUAGCACGGAAGAAUGCCCCAUGCAUUCUCUUUAUAGAUGAGAUCGACGCUGUAGGACGAAAGAGAGGCAGAGGCAACUUCGGUGGACAGAGUGAACAAGAGAACACACUCAACCAGUUACUAGUUGAGAUGGAUGGAUUUAACACUGCUACCAAUGUUGUAGUGCUGGCAGGCACCAAUAGGCCAGAUAUUCUAGAUCCAGCUCUGAUGAGGCCCGGGCGGUUUGAUAGACAGAUAUACAUCGGACCACCGGAUAUCAAAGGCAGAGCUUCUAUAUUCAAAGUCCAUCUGAGACCACUAAAGCUGGUUGCAGACUUGAACAGAGAAAAUCUGGCAAGGAAAAUGGCUGCUCUAACACCCGGUUUUUCAGGUGCGGACAUCGCUAAUGUGUGCAACGAGGCUGCACUAAUUGCAGCCCGCCACCUUUCUGACGCCAUCAACCAAAAACACUUUGAGCAAGCCAUCGAACGAGUAAUUGGUGGUCUUGAGAAGAAGACGCAGGUGCUACAGCCAGAGGAGAAGAAGACUGUGGCUUACCAUGAGGCUGGUCAUGCUGUAGCUGGCUGGUUCCUUGAGCACGCUGACCCUUUGCUUAAAGUGUCCAUCAUCCCACGUGGGAAGGGUUUGGGCUAUGCCCAGUAUUUGCCUAAAGAGCAGUACCUUUACACCAAGGAGCAGCUGCUGGACAGGAUGUGCAUGACGCUGGGUGGACGCGUGUCUGAGGAGAUCUUUUUUGGUCGCAUUACCACAGGGGCACAGGAUGACCUGAAGAAGGUGACACAGAGUGCCUAUGCACAGAUUGUGCAGUUUGGCAUGAAUGAAAAGGUAGGACAGGUGUCAUUUGACCUGCCGCGGCAGGGAGAGAUGGUUCUGGAGAAACCCUACAGCGAGGCCACGGCCCGCCUCAUCGACACGGAGGUCAGAAACCUCAUCGGCAUGGCCUAUGAGCGCACACAUCAGCUGCUCUCUGAGAAGAAGGCUGAGGUGGAAAAGGUGGCACUGCGUCUACUGGAGAUGGAGGUGCUGGAUAAGAACGACAUGGUGGAGCUUCUGGGCCGAAGGCCGUUUGCUGAAAAGUCGACAUAUGAAGAUUUCGUGGAGGGAACGGGGAGCAUGGACGAGGACACAUCACUGCCAGAGGGCCUGAAGGACUGGAACAAGGAGCGAGGCAGCGAGAAGGAGGAGAGUACGGAGGAGCAGGUGGCCCGACAGAUCACUGGUGGCAUGCCCUUCUGAGGAUAUCCGUUCACUUUGACCCUGAAGGGUCAGAGCACUUAUUUAUAAGAUGGGAAACGCUUGUCUGACGGACACUGAGGCAAGUACACUGUUCUUCAGGAGAGCUGUGAUUUAAGGGCUCUUACUGGGUAGAAAGCAUCAGACUUAUAUUGUGUACAGUAGGGUGUUUAUGAAAUACAACAUUUCAUGUGCAGAAGUUAGUGUUUCAGCAAAAGUGAAACAGCUUUGAAAAGGAUCAGAAAAUCUUCUGUUGAAGGUGAAGUGUAAUUUAUGACAUCUCAGCGCUUUGCCAAAAAAUCAGGCAAAAGAACUGUAGCUUGUCAAAAAAGAUUUGCGAGCCAUUUAAAUUUUACCCAUCAAUGACCAAGAAGACUAUAUAUAUAUAUAUAUAUAUAUAGACGUUUAACAGGAAAUGUGUUGCAUCACCUGACCUGUACAGGAUGUGUUUUUCUUUUUUUCUAAAUAUUAGGAUUCCAGUUCAAAUCUUCCUCAAUUUCGUGAGCUUUCUGAAAGUUCAUUUUGCAGUGGUGCUUACUGGCUGUGUAAAAGUCCAAAAUAUACGAUUAUGAAUGUUGUAAACAUAUCACAAAGUCACUCGUGUUAACUAACAUACUCUUUUCUCUCACAGAUUUGCCAUGUUGUGCUGUCAUGGGUGUCAGGCUUUAGUUUCUAUGUGAUUUAAUGCAGUUUAUGAUCACAUCUUGUAAUUGAAUGACAGAGCAGUCAUUUUUGAUAUCUUUUCUUCUGUUGAAGUUUAUUUGGAUCAUUUAUGGCCCCGGGCAGCUGCUCUCUGUGGUACAGAAUUGAUUAAACUGUAACUCAAUUAUAAAUAGUCGCAUUCGCAAUAAAAUAGGAUGCAAACAUACACAAAUGCAGAAGCAGUAAAUAGUUCAUUGAAGGUGUGCGAUUUUGAGAUUCACUGUUUAUUCUACAGUAUGAAACAAGCUUUGAGGGUUUAAACCCUUUUGUGACUUCAGCAGGUAUUGCUUGAUACUACAUGUGUAUUUUGUUUUGUGAAAAAGGUUUUGAACAUAUUCAAUAACCUGAAUAAAUCUACAUAAACUAUAAA